UGAGAAGUAGAUGCCAUUACCUGGAGGACAUUGGGUGGAGCCACAGGUCAACAACAAGCAUGUCUUCAUGCCAGGAUGCAAAUCCGGUUAACUUGGAUUUCAAAAUUUUUGCUUUAGUGUAGUGAUAAAGAUUAUCACUGGCUUCAAAUCCUGGCUCUACCACCUGCUAUGGGUGAUUGGACAAGUCACCUUAACUUUCAAUGCUUUGGUUUCCUUCUUUAUAAAAUGGGAAAAAUGACAACUCCUGUCUUGUAGGAUUGUUAUAAGACUUGAAAGAAACAAAACUUGACAUCUGAACAAUUUCUGCAGCACCACAGUACUUCUGAAACCAUAGUUGUGGUGUCAUUCUAAAAUUCUCCCUCCACUCACUGAAUGUGGCCUAGUCUCAUAGAGACCUUGCCUUCAUAGCUGCAAUACCUUAGUUUAGACCAGGGGUUGGCAAACCAGGGCCCACAGGCCAAACCCAGACUUCACCUAUUUUCGUAAAUGAAAUUUUAUUGGAGGGCACACACACCCAUUUGUUUACAUAUAAUAGAUGGCUGCUUUCAUUCUAAAAUGACAGAGGUGAGUAGUGGCAACAGAGACCAUUAUUGUUGGCAAAUCAUAAUAUAUUUACUAUUUUGCCCCCUACAGAAAGUUUUCCAAAUCCUGGUGCCUAGGAUAUUCCAAUAGUCUUCUUCCCAGUUCUCCUGGUUACAUUUGUCCCUGAACCUAUCCUCCCCAUCCCUUAAAUUUCCCCAAAAUGCGAACUCAGUCACACCAAUUUGCUCCUUAUGUUUCAUUGGCUCUUGCUGCUAAGAGUGCCAGCUUGCGCCUUCCGCCCAUCCCCAGACAAGCUUGUUCUUUGACCAUAAUGAGCUUUUCAUGCCAUUUCCAACUUUUGCGCAUGCUGUUCUUCUUGUCUGAAUCUCCACCCUUUUCCCUGUCCUCAAUAAUAAGUUCAAGCUUUUCUCCCUCUGAGAAGUCCUUUCUGACUUCCAUAGGCUGAACCCCUGGCUUCUGCUCCUCUACAUAACACAUCAAUUCUAGCAUUGAUCUCACUGUAACAUGAUUGUGCAUUUGGCUGUCUGUCCUUGCCACUACUGUGUGUUCCUCUUGAGGGCAGGAACAUUUGUUUUUCCCUUUUAGAAAAUCUCUGGUGCCCAGUCUGGCAUUAGUAAGUGCCCAUUAGGUUGCUAUUGUUUGUCAGCAUUUGAGCUUGGGUUUAAAGGUUUCUAUAAGGUGUAGUGGAGUAUAGAAAACAAGCAGGUCAGAAGAGGCUUCCUGGAGGAGGUGACAGCUAAGCUAAGUCCCGGAGGAUAAAAUAAGAUAAUAGGAGAAAUAAGGCAGUAGGAACAGCAUGGGUAAAGGUGAUGAGACCUGAAAGUGGCAUGUGGAAGGAAAGAGAAAUGCAGGAAGAGGGGGCAUGGGAGGGAAUGCUGGGGGACAGGCCAAAGAGGGAGGAAUUUGGUGAGUAUUCUUCAGAGACUCCUUUGCUGUGCUGAGGUGUGGACAAUGGGAAAGCAUGGAUGGGCUGGAGUUAGGCAAGUGCCAUAUUCCCUUCUGCAACUGUCUGUUUGCAUGUCAGCCUUCUAGAAACUCCUUAAGGCAUCAACUAUGUUUUUGUCUUGUCAUCAAUCAAUCCUAAGUGUACACAAUUCCUGGCAUAUGAUAGGCUCUCCAUAAAUGUUUCUUUCUUUAUUAAAAUGCAUGAAAACUCUCCAGAUUUAAGGAUGGUCCUCAAUGUUUCAAAUUCUUUUUGUUAGAUCAUUGAUCCUGUCUACAGCUGUCGCAAAUUUAAGAACUCUGGUUGUAGUUAACCUUCAAUUUUGAAUUUUCUGCUUGAAAAAUUUCCAUGAGGAAAAAAAGCCUAUCCUCUUAUGGAAGGCUCUAAUCUCUUAAUCAUUUUGGUUGACUUUUCUUUGGAUCUUCUUCAACGUUUUGUCUCUGUUAAGGCUUUUAAGAACAUCUGAAUUCUUUCCUUCUGCAAAACCAGAGGAACAUUUUUUUUCUGCCUAUUUUCAGUUUAUUCCUUGUGAUUUUGGUAUUUUCUCUUAACCAAAUACUAAAUGGAGUUAGGAGAAAUAAACUUCUUUGUAAAGCAUGUCAAGGGACCAUUAGAAGGAUGGUGCCUCACAGAUAGAAUACAGUUUUUAUUAAUGAUGCCUACAUAUAAAUCCUGCCAUUAGCUCAAGGGCUCAGAAAGCUAGCAGCCUAGCAGUUCAGGAUAUGUCAAUGAAAUGAAUUGGGUAGUUAAGGAUGCCCAGAAGAUUGAAUAAAAUUGGGAUUUAGGAGGACCCUUGUACUCCAGGAAAUUCUCCAAGUCUUCUCUUAGUUAUCCAGACCCUCAAAGUGAACAUGAAGCUCCAGUUUCAAAUUGAGUACAUUUUCCAUCCAUGGAUUGACUUGUUUUGCUCAGUUGAGUGCUUGAAGUUGUCUUGUCGACGUAACAGCUAACCUACGGCUUCCUUUCUCGUAAAACCAAAACAAAAAGGCUUUCUAUUCAAGUGCCUUCUGUGUGUGCACAUGUGUAAUACAUACCCGGGAUCAAAGCUGUCUAUAUAAAGUCCUUGAUUCUGUGUGGGUUCAAACAGAUUUCAAAGCUUCAGGAUCCUGAAAGGUUUCGCUCUACUUCCUCAAGACCUGAACACCGCUCCCAUAAAGCCAUGGCUUGCCUUGGAUUUCAGAGGCACAAGGCUCAGCUGGAUCUGGCUCCCAGGACCUGGCCCUGCAAGCUCCUGUUUUCUCUUCUCUUCAUCCCUGUCUUCUCCAACGCAAUGCACGUGGCCCAGCCUGCUGUGGUGCUAGCCAGCAGCCGAGGCAUCGCCAGCUUUGUGUGUGAGUAUGCGUCUCCAGGCAAAGCCACUGAGAUCCGGGUGACAGUGCUUCGGCAGACUGACAGCCAGGUGACUGAAGUCUGUGCAGGAACAUACAUAAUGGGGAAUGAGUUGACCUUCCUGGAUGAUUCCAUCUGCACGGGCACCUUCAGUGGAAAUAAAGUGAACCUCACCAUCCAAGGACUGAGGGCCAUGGACAUGGGGCUCUACAUCUGCAAGGUGGAGCUCAUGUACCCGCCGCCAUACUACAUGAGCGUAGGCAACGGAACCCAGAUUUAUGUAAUUGAUCCAGAACCGUGCCCAGAUUCUGACUUCCUCCUCUGGAUCCUUGCAGCAGUUAGUUCGGGGUUGUUUUUUUAUAGCUUUCUCCUCACAGCUGUUUCUUUGAGCAAAAUGCUAAAGAAAAGAAGCCCUCUUACAACAGGGGUCUAUGUGAAAAUGCCCCCAACAGAGCCAGAAUGUGAAAAGCAAUUUCAGCCUUAUUUUAUUCCCAUCAAUUGAGAAACCAUUAUAAAGAAGAGAGGCCAUAUUUCAAUUUCCAAGAGCUGAGCCAAUUCUAACUUUUUUGUAUAUUUGGGGGGAGUUCAUCUCUCUUUAAUAUAAAGCUGGAUGCAGAACCCAAAUUACAUGUACUACAAUUUAAAGCAAAGGAGCAGAGAGACAGAGCUGGGAUAUUUCUGUCACAUCAGCUCCACUUUUAGUGAAAGCAUCACUUGGGAUUAAUAUGGGGAUGCAGCAUUAUGAUGUGGGGUCAAGGAAUUAAGUUAGGGAAUGGCAUAGUCCAAAGAAAGAAGAGGCAGGAACUGAGGGAGAGGACUGUAUUGUACACACCUUAUAUUUACAUGUGAGAAGUUUAUGGCUAAAAUAAUCUUUUCAAGUUAAAAUUUAUGCCUUUUGUUUCUUAAACAAAUAUAUAAUUAUAUUAUGGCUUCAAAAAUACUCACAUGGCUAUGUUUUAGUCAGUGAUGCCAAAGGUUGUAUUUCGUAUGUAUACACAUAUAUUUUGAAUUUGAUAGUAUUGUGCAUGGAGCCACAUAUGUUUUUGUGUAUUUGUUAAUGGUUUGAAUAUAAACACUAUAUGGCAGUGUCUUUCCACCAUGGGUCUCAGGGAAGUUUUGCAGAGGAGCUCAGGACACUAAUGCGCGAGGUAGAAUAUAAGGUCAUUUGCUAACUGGCUUGGAAACUGGAUGAGGCCAUAGCAGUGCUUGAUUGCACAGAAUUAUGCUGAGUUGGCGUUGACAUGUGCUUUGGGGCUUUUCCACCAGUUCCUUUCAAUGGUUUGCAAGGAAGCUACAGCUGGUGGUAUCUGAGUUGACUUGAGACACUGUCUUGAAGACAAUGGCUCACUCCAGGAGACCUGUAGCUAUAACCUUCUAGGAAGCUCCAGUUUGACGGGCCCAAUUCUUAUAAACAUGUGGUUAAUGCCAUGGGCAGAAGAAAGCAGCAGGUGGCAGAAUGGGGUGCAUGAAGGUUUCUGAAAACCAACACUGCUGGUGUUUUUAACUCAAUAUUUUCCAUGAAAAUGCAACAACAUGUAUAAUAUUUUUAAUUAAAUAAAAAUCUGUGGUGGUCGUUUUU